AUGGGCGGCGUCGCCAUCCCCGAGCUCAAGCAGUACAUGGACAAAAAGCUCCGCCUGCGAUUGAACGGCAAUCGAAGCGUGACCGGGAUCCUGAGAGGUUUUGAUCAGUUUCUCAACCUGGUCCUGGACGACUCGACGAACGACACGACGACGGAGAAGACGCCGAUGGGAAUGGUCGUCGUGCGAGGGAAUUCUGUGGUGAGCAUGGAGGCGUUAGAAUACAUCGCACCGGCGGUGCGACGGGGGGCGUGA